AGAGAGGGAGGGAGGAAGGAGGAGAGAGAGGAAGAAAGGGCAGCGGACCCGCAAUUUCAACCGUGUACUCUUGGCGCCAAUCCGGCGUAAAGAAAAAUAAAACGACAUACUUUUCGAUGUUGAUGUGUCCAUUUAAUCUCCGCCUAGUCAUUCAGUGAUCAUUUCCCCCCCAUCGGCGCUCGCUAGCCCGCUAGCCUCCUUAGCACACUUAUCAUUGUUAUAAUCUCCACUUCGGUACUAAUCAUUCAGCGAGCAGCCACAGUAAGCAAAAUAGCUCUCGGUGCUGCCAGGUGUGCGUUCUUCUUCACGGUGGUCGGAGAGGAGAAACACUUCGUGAUGGGGAGGAAAUCGAACAGAGCGAAGGAGAAGAAGGAGAAGCGCAAGGAGGAAAGGGCGGCGAUGGACGCCGUCUGCGCAAAGGUGGAUGCAGCCAAUAAGCUGGAUGAUCCACUGGCGGCCUUCCCUGUCUUCAAAAAGUACGACAGAAAUGGGUUGAACCUGCAGAUAGAGUGCAAGCGAGUGUCCACUCUCAACCCUCUGUCCGUGGAGUGGGCGUACGAACUCACCAGGGCCAACAUGCAGACGCUGUACGAGCAGAGCGAGUGGGGCUGGAAGGAGCGGGAGAAGAGGGAUGAAAUGAAGGACGAGCGGGCGUGGUACCUGCUGGCCCGCGACUCUGACUCCGCCCCCGUCGCCUUCUCCCACUUCCGCUUCGACGUGGAGUGCGGGGAGGAGGUGCUCUACUGUUACGAGGUGCAGUUGGAGAGCAGAGUGCGGAGAAAAGGACUGGGCAAGUUCCUCAUCCAGAUCCUCCAGCUCAUCGCUAACAGCACACAGAUGAAGAAGGUGAUGUUGACGGUAUUCAAACACAACCACGGAGCCUACCAGUUCUUCAGAGAAGCUUUACAGUUUGAGAUUGACGACACCUCGCCCAGCAUGUCUGGUUGCUGUGGCGACGACUGCUCCUACGAGAUCCUGAGCCGGCGGACCAAGCACGGCGAGGCGGUGACCGGACACACCCACGGGGGCGGGCACUGCGGAGGCUGCUGCCACUGAUGGGCUGGCCGCCGUGACAACGACAACCUCCCCCUGCCGCCCUAUUGGCCGAUCGGUUUAACGACAGAAAACAAGAAUAAGAGAGAGAGAAAAAAAAAAACGACAAAACGAAAAAGAACAAACCAGCAACUUUGACAGCUGUGUGUGAAAGCUCACUCUGCCCACUGUCAAGCAGCCAUUUUGAAUCUCCCCCCCCCCCCCCC